CAGUAGUGGAACCCAGAGGACGAAGUAGCAUGCAUUUGGGACUCAGGACCUGAAAGAUUUGCGUCCCUUGCCCUCAGGGACUCGGGAAGGGGUGUGCUGGGGAGAUGUGUUUGAGUGUUUUUCAGUGCAUACCGAUUUAUUUUUAGCUCCUAGAGAAGCAGGAUGUGCAAAGUGGGUUGUAUCAGCCCGGGAGGGGCAGGAGGUCUCCCUGUCCGCAGGAAAUACACAAGUUUCUUGCUGCAGAUGCUUGCUUUAACUUUCAAGCCCGGAGAAAGAAAGCCAUUCGGCUCUGGGAAGAUCUCCCCACCAGGGCCACUUUCUUCCUGCGGGUCUGUCUGAAGCUGCAGGCCAGGCCGGUCAAGUGUGCUUCUGCUGUUAAGGCUGGCCCCCAAUGAUGAGUGACUUCUUCUGACUUGAGCUUACAGCGUGCUUUGAGAAAUCUGCCACCAGAUUCUCUCGGCUUGGUCUCUGGGAACAACCCGCUAGUGACAGUCAUAAGGGCCAUAGAACUGCUGGUGAUAAAAUCUGUCGUGAUACCGUGGAAGGCUCUGUGAUCCAAGGUGCUACCUGCCUGCGUAUUCUGAACCCCCGCCGCCAGGAUGGGCAAACAGAACAGCAAGCUGCGCCCAGAGGUCAUGCAGGAUUUGCUGGAAAGCACGGACUUCACGGAGCACGAGAUCCAGGAAUGGUAUAAGGGCUUCUUGAGAGACUGCCCUAGUGGACAUUUGUCAAUGGAAGAGUUUAAGAAAAUUUACGGGAACUUUUUCCCUUACGGGGAUGCUUCCAAAUUUGCAGAGCACGUCUUCCGCACCUUCGAUGCCAAUGGAGAUGGGACAAUAGACUUUAGAGAAUUCAUCAUAGCCUUGAGCGUGACAUCGAGGGGAAAGCUGGAGCAGAAGCUGAAAUGGGCCUUCAGCAUGUAUGACCUGGAUGGAAACGGCUACAUCAGCAAGGCGGAAAUGCUAGAGAUCGUGCAGGCGAUCUAUAAGAUGGUUUCCUCCGUAAUGAAAAUGCCUGAAGAUGAGUCAACCCCCGAGAAAAGGACAGAAAAGAUUUUCCGCCAGAUGGACACCAACAGAGAUGGAAAACUGUCCCUGGAGGAGUUCAUCCGAGGGGCCAAGAGCGACCCGUCCAUUGUGCGCCUCCUGCAGUGUGACCCCAGCAGUGCCGGCCAGUUCUGAGCGCCGCACCCCACGGAUCGUAGAGCUGCUUGUGUUCCCUUUCGACCUUUCUUUUUAACGUUUUUUUUUUUUUUUUGCCAAACAAUAUUGACGGUGAUGCUGUCCCCGGUGCGCUCAGACGCACGUUCCCCGUGCCGCCCUCAGCUUCCUCUGUGGUGGGAAUGCGCAGAGCCCCAGCGCGCUUGCAGGGAGCAUGGGCAGUGCUGUCGGGCACAGACUCCACGGUGUUCGCUGUUCUAUGAUUUCCCAUCGUUCUCAUUGUUAUUUUGCUUCUGCUUCCAGUAUCUCUGUUCUCAAACUGAAGACUCGGGGAGGCAAGAGAAGGGAAAACAGUCCAGUCCCAGGAUUCUGUGGCAAGCCUCCAGGGGCUUGUUUGAAACACAGAACUCCCCACCUGGGUCUGGAGCCACACGCGCCCUCCGCCCUCCGGGUUCCCAAGGACAAGGGACCCUCCCGGGCCAGGCUCGGAAAGGGGCCCGGAGGCCUCCACUCCACCCUCUUCCCCAGCAGGCUGUAGUGUCUAAGCUGUGAACAUUUCAAGGUCGAUUCAGAGAGAAGAGGAAAAAGAGGGCUCAGCUGUUUCUUCACACGUUUACACUAGUUGAGCUAAGAUGAGUUUCUUUGGAAAUUAAACACAAAUGGUAACUUAUAUAACAAACCUAGACCCAUCUUGUUGCCUAUUGUGAUUAAAAAAAAAAGACAGCUGUAUAUAAAAUAUUGGGUAUUGCAGACCAAAUUAAGUGUUUUGCCUUGUUUAAAUGAAAUGCAUGUUUAGUGAGCACUAAUACAAUCUUGCUACAGGAGACUGUUUUAGUAGCUUAAUGUGAAGUAAGCCAACUAUGAUGAAUGUCUGUGUCUUGUUUUAAAGUCGUAUCUGUCUUGGCACAAAUGCAUCAGUCAACAGGUAUAUUUCGCAUAUUCCAGAGAAGUGCAAAGUCACCAUGACUAGGGCCCAACCUUCAUUUUGAAUGCACUCCCAGAGCGGCAGUGCCUGGAGGACAGCAGCAGGCCAGGCCGACGUGGGACACGUCCGUCGGAGCACCAGAAGACUAAUCUUCCUGGGAGAUGGGAGGCGCUGGGCGGCCCACUCCGCCCAGCAGCACCACGUAAGGUGCUUUUCUGAGCAGAUCAAUAUUCUGUCGACCCGGAAAAAAAGGAAUACCACAAAUUUCUUGGGACUUCCCAAUGGUUUAAUCCACAUUAUGGUUAGGGAGCCAUAGCUGCAAUGUUGACCUUUUCAUGUCCCCGGUGGCCCUUCAAAGAGUCCAAGGUCGGGCAGUCAGCUGACUGGUCGUGAAGAAGGCACGGCCCGGGCGGCUGUGCUUCCCAGGGCCCACUGUGGGGAAUCCGUAAAUAUUUUCCAUCACUGUGUUCUUUGAAUGCUGAUUUCUAUUUUCAGACGUGACAGUGGAAAUUUGAGUCACUCUUUGGUCUGGUGACCUCACAUACACUAAUUGGAAUUGAAAGUUAAGAGAAAAAAAUGCUGAUCACAAAUAAGCCAGUCAUAUUUUCACAAGCAGUAGGCCUGGGGAAGUCCAAACACUCAAGGACGUAGACGGGAGGACCUGCCCCGACAGGAGGCAGAGAGGUCCCUAGUGGGUUUAUCUGCAGCCAAGCUACUUCCUAUAGGCCAUGACUCACAGAAAGACAAACAGAACCAUGAGGAAGAUGAUGCUGAGCCAUUCUAACUCCAGAUUCUUCUGUAUUACUUGAGUCCCUUUUAAUUGGUUGCAAAAAUCCGAAUUUGUAUGGUUGACCAAAAUGAACCAACUUUGCAGGAUGAAAUUUGGAGACCUAGACAUGGUAAAAUCCUCUUCAUCUUCCUCUGAGUGUCCGUUCCUCACAGUGGGUCUCUCCUAAGACUUGCCAUGGCCGAGUGGUAAGAUCUGGGUUUGAAAACUAGGGAAUUAAACUAAGAGGCAGAGGGCACAGUGAACGAGGGGCCCAGCAGAGGCCCUGGUCACGUUCAGGAAGUGCAUCCCCCUGCCCCCCCCCCCAAGCUCUGGACUGAAGACCUAAUUCCCCCUUUUGGUUCUCCUUAGAAGGUGAGUCAGUUAAUGUCGGGGCAAGCCCACCUGAGCUCUACCCUCGGUCAGGAUAUCUUGUUGAGCCAGACUCACCCAGUUCCCCAGAACUGAAAACUGGAGUGAGGAGCAAGGAAGAGGGGCUCCAGCUGUUUAGGAGGGAAAACAGAGCCAGACACACAGCUAAUGAGUGCCGACAUGCCUGGGAUGUAUGCAAAUAGUCUUGUCCUGGCCUGCCACCGACCCUGUCUGUAUUUUCUCGAUGGUUGUUUUUUUCCUUCUACUCCUUCCCAGGAAGGGCUUUGUAUGUCUAAUCCAAUGCACUUACAUUUGGCCAAGGGACUCUGCAGCACCCAGAAGGCUGAAUGACUAAAGGUUUAGGUCAUUCCUGUGCCGGGCUGUUCAUUGUCAUUGCUGUGGUGCGGGACCUCUGGAAAUGGAGUCUGUUCUGUCUGAAAUCAAGCCAGUCUGUGAUGUUCAAGGGACUGGAAUAAAGUGGCUUAUGACUUGAAGGACAACACAGAGUGGCCGACUGUUCAUACCCUUGCUUAGGGUGGGGAAGGGGUGCAGUUCCAUCCCUUUUAUAUGUCCCAGGGGACCCUUUCCACAAAUGGAUUUAAUAAUAUACACAACCCUGGAACGAUGAGAGGGUUUGGGGUGCAGACCCCCUGUGCAAACAUCCACAUAUAACUUUCGAUUCCCCAGAAUUUAACUACCAAAAGCUACUGUUGACCAGAAGCCUUACUGAUAACAUAAACAGUCGGUUAACGCCUGUUUUGUAUGCUGGGUGUAUUAUACACUGUAUUCUUACCAUAAAGCAAGCCAGACACAAGAAAGUUAUUAAGAAAGCCACGAGGAAGAGAAAAUGCGGAUACAGGACUAUCCUGUAUUUACUGAGAAAAAUCUACAUGGAAGCGCACCCGCGUAGUUCAGAGCCGUGCUGUUCCAGGAGCACGUCUGUCUUUGCAGAGCCCAGCUUACGGAGCGUUCCCUGUGUCAUGACCUCGUGCCGCUCGAGCCUGGCAUGAUUGUCUGGGACGUGAGGGUUUGGGGCCUAAACCGCCGGCCCGGCUGAAUCUGCCUGAGCGAGGAGGGCCCGGGUGCCGCCCGCCCAGAGACGCGGGAGCCCGAGCUCGGAGGGGAGGCCGGGCAGGCGCCGAGCCCACAGCCCUGUCCGAUCGCGCCUUGGUCGGCGUGGGCCUCCUCACGGCCCUCCGCUCACGUACUUCUCGGCCCGCGCUUUCUUCUCACCGCCCCUCCUGCCUCACGACUGGAGCUGCGGACUCUAGUCCGAGCACGAGGAGCGAUGGAGGGCGACUUCCUCUCAGUGACAAAUGAACACGCUCUUCUCCCGUCUCAGUCUGGUGAAGAGUUAGGUGAGGCUUCGGGUUAGGGUGGGUAGAAAAGAUGACGCGACGCAGACUCCACACCCUCAGAGCGAAUUCACAUGAGCGUUGUGGUUUUGUUGUUUGUUUUUCUGUCGUUGUCAUUGGCCCCACCUCCAGCACAGAAUCCCGUUAAUCUAGAGAAAAGGGACUGAGCGUCCGCUACAGCAGGUGACUCGUGGGCCGACUAGAUCUCCUGUAGGAACUGAGGUGGCCUGCGGGGCUUCUGUCUUUGCUUCACAAUUUGUCCCUACGGACCAGCAGGGGACACUCCGGAGUCCUGAACAUGGACACCCUGUCAUCCCCGGCACCGACGGUGAGGUGGCUGGCGGCCGCCAACCUGAUCAGGAGCCGCAUUCCUGCACCUGCUGGAGGCCAACCUGGCAAUUUCUGGCAGAUUUCCAACACUGAGGCUCCUAUUUUCAGGGCAUUGUCCUAAUACCCCGCCCCCCGCCGGAUCCCCUCACAGCCCAGUCCAGGCACGGAGGGGCGCACUGGGUGAGGGGGAAUCUGAGUGUUUCCCGAAGUCGAGGUAGAGAGAGCACGAGAACUGUCUUGGCAAGAAACGGAGAUACUUCACACAUGCCUCUCUUGGCCUGGGUAUGCCCAGCACUCUGCUGAAAUUUUGUUUUUUGAGGUGGCUGAAGAGAUAAGAGAAAGAACAUAGAGACCUGUAUUUUCCGAGGCAGUGGAGUAUCAGCUAAAUCCACCUAAAAUACAAAGGUGUUGCAGAGUGAAAAAUGCUCAGGCCAAGGGUCUAACUGAUGGUACCUUCAUUUCAGACAGGUUUCUCUCCGCUGGAACGCUGACAAUGACUUAGGUCCUGGAUACUUGCCGCACUGGGAGCGAAUGUGUCGUGCGUGGUCCCAGACAUCCCUGGGCUUACAAACGACGGUCAUUCGGAGAACAUUCCACGGUGUAGAGCUAACCCCCCAGGGCAGCUCGGGGGGGGGAGAAGGGCCUUCCAGAGGCUUAUUUCAUGACUUCUUUUCUCAGCACUAUUCCAGGAAAUAGAUGGCAUUGUAAGUGUUCUCUAGAAGGGAUGGUCACAAUACUUCAAACUUCUGGGUAGUGCAGCCUGCCAACCCUUAUUAAAUACUCACAGCUUCUACCAUCAUACACAUGUAGACAGAUGGACAGACUCAGAAAAUGUAUCUUUCCAAUACCAGUAUUCAGCCACUUUACUGUGCUCGCACGGAGUGUUCAGUGGUGACCCAGCACCACACCAAGUCCUGGCGGUGUGUGCAUGCUGGGGGGUGGGCAGGAGUUAUUAGCAAGAAAGUAGGAGGCCAAGCUCACGCUCGAGCUGGUAAGUCCUGUCCAGCACCCUGAAUCCAAUCACAAAGCAAUCUACAUCUGUCGCUACAGCGGAGCAGAAAGCAAGCUCUUUCCUGAGUGGUGCGCGAGAGGUGUUUGCUACGCAGGAAACAAGCCGGUAACAUUUGUCUUUAGUGCCCUUUCAACAUCCCCUCUCUUUUGCCACUUCUGGCUGAUCAGAAGCCCCCCCACUGUUUCCCAGAAUUCCAGAGUCUCCAAAAUUAACUCAUGCACCCCUUUAGCAGAGCUCAGAAAAGUGUAGGGAUGAAGGACCCUGAGGACAAAAGGUGUAACAGCUUAAGGUGGUAGAGCAGAAAACCCAUUCAGGGAAUGUUUACUUGUAAGAGUAGAGCCCCAGUGAACUUCUAUUGGAGAACUUUUAGACCUUUGCGGUCACUAAAGCGGGGUGUUCAGAUCUUCCCUUUUGAGACCCUGCUGCUGGAAGCGCAGCCAGCUGAUUGACAGGCUCCAGCUGCAAUCUUUGGAGCCACCUCGGCAUUUACUCUGAGGCCGAGCUCUCCGGGGCGUCAGUGACUGCGCGUGGUGGGGGUAUCAGAACUGAGCCAUUCUUGCCCCACAUGGGAUUCUUCCUGCGGGUGACCCUCACUCGAGGAGACUCUGGGGGGCCUGGCUGAGGCAGUCUGAGGCUCCUCCUGCCCAAGCUUCCUCCCUUCCUUCCUUUCACAGGGGUUAGUCCACAUGCUUUCCCUGUCUCCCCCUGCUUAUUUCCCCUUCAUCAUUCACAUGAAUUCCCCCAAUAAAUCUCUUGAAUGUCUAAUCCCAUCUUGGCUUCUGCUUCUUGGAGGACCUGAACUGACACAGUGGCCAUCCCCUCCCCAUUCCCAUUGACCCUCAGAUAUAUGGGCUCAGACACUCGAGUAGGCAGCCUUCUCAAAGCGAGAUUCACAUUGGUGAUUUCUCAUGUUGUACGAGAAGGGUUAAGGGUAGGAGUUGUGUGCCUUAGAUCUGGGGUGAUGACAGAGCUCUGGCUCUCCCAGGGUGACCCUUUAUUAUUGUACUAAAGACACCAGGCCACCCUCACUUUGCACAUACAUCCCUGCCUCAAAGGGCGGACUGUGUCCAACCUGCCUCUUUGUCUCCAGCCUGGGCCAUAGCGCCUGGACCACAGUAACUGGACUGAAUUAGCACAGACAGUGGCAGGCAAGAGCCAGGACUGGACCCUGUGGCCCUGACCACCGGUAAUCCUCACCCACCUGACCUGAGUCCCUCACCAGGAGGUGGAGGGUGGGGUGGCACACACGGCCAGCAGAGUUCAUUAACAGCAGAGCCUUGGCGGCCACAGGCCACAGGAGGGACAACCUCAGGGCAGAUGUGGAGGCCAGCUGCAGCUUCUGCAGGACCUACUCAGGCCUGUGGGUCCACUCGAAUGCCCAUGGAGGCUGCAGAACAUGGAGUGUGGCAAACAGGCCUUGUAGCCCAUUGCUAAUCCCGUGAUCCCUCCUCCAUCAUCUCCCCACCCCGCCUCCUCUUCCCUGCCCUCGUCCAGGCAUCGAAGCUGCUGGGGGCGCUACUGGGGUUAAAGUUGUCAGAGAAGACGUCCUUGAGGCAAAUUUUUAACCAAGAUUCGGAAGCCGUGGACAUGGACAGUGUGAGGUGCGGGAGGAUGUAGAACGCUGCUGGUUGGGAGCGGAGGGGCUCUCUGGCGGACCACGGCUGAAGAGCAUGGCGGCUCGGUGGGGCAGCAGCGGGCCAGAGACCGUCACGGUAUGACUGCAGUUUAGCCACGUGCUUUCAGAGGCUGGUACAGAUGAACUGAAGAGCCGCCAUGUUCUUGUGAUAACUCAAGUGGGGGUGAGUGAACUGGGAGUGAGGAAGGUAAAAGCGUGCGCACAGAACCUACUCCCUGCCCUGAGGUGGCCAAGAAUAACCACUCUGGUGGCCCGUCACUGCCACACGGAAGGCCUCUUGAUUUCUUCAGCUCUCUUCCCAUGUAACCUUGCGGUGGAGCAAAAUCCACAGGAUGAAGACACGCCUGCUGUGUUGAAGCCUAGGACCCGAAGGUGCCCCGGGGGAGCCUAGAAUCUUCCCAAGGCCACACUGAAGCUUCCUUCCAACAAGGCGAAAAGCCCCAACACAAGCACCAGACACUGUCAUUUACUCUGACGUUAUGAAUAUUUAUUUUUUUCUUUUUAAAAAUGUACAAAAAAUAAAAUAACUGUAUUUAUAGUUUAUAGAUUCCCCCUCUCCCAUUUACAAAACUAUUAAGUUACAUUUGCCUUUUUUUUUUUUUAAACAUGAGAGCAAAAAUUGUCCAUCCAUCAACUCCCUUGCUUGUUUUUAAGAAAGGGCCUUUCACAGAAUUUGGCACAAACCCUCUGGUUCUGUUGUAUUUUCCUAAUUUUAAAUAAGAAGGAAAAUAAAUGUUUGAAUCAUUUCAU